AUGAUGAAUUCCAACAUUCAAUCACUGACAGAUUCCAAUACUACUACUACUACUACUACUGCUUCUUCCAACAAACUCCAACCACGUUUAACUCAUUUAAAUACUGCUCCUCAACUCACUCAAAUUCAUAGUGAUACUGAAUUAAUAACAGAUAAAGAUCGUACUGGUCAUCACAUUACUAACAACAACACUAAUAAUCCAACUUUGAUGAAUAAUUCAUCAACCAUCAAUACCUCCAUUGGUGAUUUGAGUAAUAAAUCAAAAAGACAACAAGCUAAUGAAUUAUUUAACGCAUUAAGAGAUAAACAAUCGGAUAAUUAUCGAUUUGUUGAAUUCACUAGUAAUCAACCAACACCUGAUAUUCCUUCCAAACAAUAUACUAAACAAGUUUCAUUUGAUGAUAUAAAUAUUCAAUAUGAUAUGGAUGAUAUACCUGAUCCUGAUGAUGAUUUUGGUUGGGAAUUAUAUAAAUUAAAGAAUCGUGAUCGUUUAUGUGGAACAAAUAAUCCUGGUAGUGGUAGUGGUAGUGGUGGUGGUGGUGCGAAUAAUAAUUCAUUACCAGGAUAUCUGGUGGGUUCAAGUAUUGGUCGUGGUCGAGGUUUAGGUCGAGGUCGUGACACUUUACGAACCCCAUCACCUUUAGGAAAUGCUGGCGCCUCGUCAAGAUUAUCUCCUUCACCUAAUAGAACUUCAUUAAAUUAUGAAGAUUUAGAUUUAGAAACUCGAUUAGAUAUUGCUCAAUUGAUUCAAUAUCCUAGUACUCCAAUCACCACAAAACGAUUUUGUACUUUGAAAAAAUCUCAUAAACAAUUUGAUCAAUUAUACAAAGAUCAACUGUAUCGUAUAAUAAGACCAAUGUUUCGAACAAUAUUAGUUUAUGUCAGUGGUAGAAUUCAUACUUGGGUAGCAUUAGAUUGGAUUCUUAGUAAAUUUAUUGAAGAUGGUGAUCAUGUCAUUAUUAUUGCUUCAAUUAAUCCAUGUUUGUUAAGUGGUACUAAUAAAGAUCGAUCCAGGAGAGCUACUUCUAGAACAAGAAUGUCAUUAUCACCUGCCAAAAUAGGUAGUCAAUCAUCAGUAAUUCGUGGAAAUACUUUAUCGCCACAAAGAAGUCGAACUGAUGAACCACAAUCAACACGUCAAGAUUCUAUUGAUCCUUUCAUAAGAUUAAAAGAAAAAAGUCGACCAGAAAACAUUGUCAAAAUAGCUCAUAAUUUAAUGGAUUAUGUAAUGAAAGUAAUAAAUCCAAAAAUUAUUGCCAGAAUUACCGUUGAAUUAGUAGAAGGUGACACUAAAGAAGUUUUACAAGAUAUGUAUCGAUUGUAUGAACCAAAUUUGGUAUGUACGGGAGCAAAACCAAAUGCUAGAAUGGGGGCACCAUUAAGAUCCUGGCAAUCAUCAAAAUUAACUGAUAGAUUAAUUAAAAAUUUCCCAUUACCAGUAAUUGCUGUACCGGCAGUUAAUAUGUGUCAAUUUGAAUAUAAUUUACAAAAUAAAUUGAAUGGUACAAUUGAUGCUAAAGAAGUUGAUCAACAAAAUCAAUUAAAUGCUCUGAAUAAUAUAAUGGAAACUAGUGAAAUCAAUAAGAAAGCAGGAGAUGAAUCAGAAUCUGGUGACGAUGAUGAAAAUGAUGCCAGAUCAAUUACAUCAUCGGUAUCAAUAUCAUCUGAUGAAAGUUAUGAUUCAUUUAUUGAAGUGGCUGAUGUAUAUCUUGAACAUAAACAAGAUUUACGGAAAAAUUUACAACAUUUACAACAAUCACAACCAAUUAAUGAAAAUUAUUAUUCUGAUAUGGUUAAAUUAAUAUCGGAUGAAUCAGUUGAAUUAUGUGAAGAAAUAAUUAGUAUUCAACCAAAUUUUAUUGGUAAUGGUGCUAAAUUAGCUCGAGAAAUCACAGGGUCUAAUUCAUUUGGUAAUGUUCCUUAUAAAACUAAAUCAAUGUUAGAACCUCAACACAAUGAUUCAACAUCCAAUGGUAAUGAUAAUGGUAGUGGUAAUAACAAUAAACCAUCAUUAUCAUUUAAAGAACUUAAAGAACAAUUGAAAUUAAAUAAAAUAAAGACUGAACUGGCAGUAGAUACUCCAGUUUCAGGAUCAACUUCAUCACUUGGUACUGGAACAGAACCAACAUCAUCAUCAUCACCACCACAAAAGCCAGAUCUUCAACCUCCAUCAAUCAAAAUUGAUGUUCCAUCUCCAUCUCCAACAACAACAACAACAUCUUCGGGCCUACCACCAUCAUCAUCAUCAGAAACUUCAUUAAGAUUUGGAAAUUUAGAAAAACCAUCGAUUGAAAGAAGGAAAAAACCAAGUAUGUUACACAAAUGUUUGAGUCAUAGUGAUGAUUCUGUUGAUCGACCUAAAUUGGAAGCAAGAAAAUCACAUCCUGAUGUAUUAGAACAUAUUCGUGAUGAAAUUAAACCGUCAUCAAAAGAUAAGAAAACAAAGAAGAAGAAAAAGAAGUUUUUAGGGAUAUUUUGA